CAGUCGGAGCAGGAUGCGGUUCCUGGUUGCGUUCGUGUUACUGAGCGUCGAGGCAGCGGACUUGCUGCUCAGUUCUGCUCCAAUCGCCGGAACAACCGCUCAGAAGAAAGAUCAGGCUUCUGCAGGAAGCUCCAGGCAGCACGUCUUGAUCGCUCAGUCUGGGCUAGAACACAGUAACCAAACCUUUCUAAAUCAGACCGACGCGAAAACCGACCCUGGCAAUUCGGGAGCCACGCAGCGCCCCGCGAAAACCGACCCUGACCAUUCGGGAACUGAGCAGCGCCCGACGGAAAGCGGCCCUGACAAUUCCGUAGCCGAGCACCGCCCCGCGGAAACCCACUCCGAUAAUUCGGGAACCGAGCAGCGCCCCGGGAAAACCGGCCCUGAGCAUUCGGGAACUGAGCAGCGCCCGACGGAAAGCGGCCCUGACAAUUCGGGAGCCGAGCGCCGCCCCGCGGAAACCCACUCCGAUAAUUCAGGAGCCGAGCAGCGCCCCGGGAAAGCCGACCCUGGCAGUUCCCCCAGAGACCAGUCCAACAAGUUGGUCUCCAGCCCCUCUUAUGAUAACAAGGAGUCCACCAAGGUUCAUGUAAACACAGUCGCUGGCAAAGCUCUGCAGACUUCCAGAACUGAACCUGGGGGAAAAGUGUUGGCAAACCCCUCUUCUCCCCAGCGGGAGGGAGGAGGUAAGCCCUUAGAAUUAACUGAAGAUGUGGAGCCCAAGGAGACUGAAGAAGGGGAUGCAGAGCCAGAGGAAGACGCACCACCCAAAGAAGGGAAAGAAAUGGUUGGCCCUGCCUCCAGAGAGAACCGUGAAGGGACACUUUCGAAUACCUGGAGUAAGAAGGAUGACCUUUAUAAGGAUAACCUUGGAAAUGCCAGUGCAGAGAGCAGCCACUUUUUUGCAUAUCUGGUGACAGCAGCCAUUCUCGUCGCUGCCCUCUAUAUCGCCUACCACAAUAAGCGGAAGAUUAUAGCUUUCGUCCUGGAAGGAAAAAGAUCCAAAGUUACACGGCGGCCAAAGGCCACUGACUACCAGCGUUUGGACCAGAAGAUUUGACUUUUACUGUUCUUGAGAACCUUGUCCCCCCUGCUGAUUUGUCUCUAAAUCAAGAAGAAUGAACAGAAAAACACUGUGACCUAAGAGACACCCCCUCCUCCAGGGUUUGGUGGCGAGUCGGGGCUAGCAGAGGUGGUGGGGAAGUGGGGUUGCUUUAGAUUUUGCACCUGCACUUUGUCGACCUUGUCCUCCUGUGUUCCCGUUAUUUAUGCUGAUGUCUUCCAGGCUGUCCCCCUCUGAGUGUGAGUGGAGGAGCAUGUGGGCACCCAGCUGUGACCAAAGGGAGAUCCUGGCCCUGGGUAGGUGCCCUGCCAGGGGCCUUGGGUUAAAGGUGGUUAGCCCUUGAGAACACCAUUGCACUCAACACUUUACCUUCGAGGGCCUAGGAGAAAACUGCAGAUUAAGGCCCAUUGCUACCAAGGCCUUUUCCUUUGUGGGGAUGUGUACCCCACAAAAGAUGUAGAAGGGGGUAACUGCUGAUGGCCUGAGGGCUGCUGUGAACACGAUUUUCUUCGAAGUCUCCAGCAGCAAACCAAAACAGCAGCUACAAAACAGGCUUUCUUGCCCUUAAGUCCAGCCUGCCUAGUGCAAGCUCUUCAUGCUCUUCUCACAGUUUCAUAUCACUUAAGACAAAGUGAAUCCACUUGCAUUUGGUUGUAGUGAGCAGAAAACUGAACCAGGGAUUUUGGGAGGAAAGCUUAAAGCCACUGCCCCGUCACAGAUGUUUUAAAAAUAAUAGUUAACGAUUAUAGAAACAUUGUGUGUAUGCCUGCUUACCAUCCUUACAGGAACUUUCUGAAGUAGAGUGAGUUCAUGCUUUGAAAGCAUGUAGGACUGUUUGGUUUGGGUCUGCAUUUUUUUAGAGGACUUUUAAGAAACAGGAUUCCCACAAAUUCUUACUUUGCUUUGUUGCCUAAAAUAUUUGUAUUUACUUAUAUUUACAAACUGAUUAUACUCUCAAGUUUAAGAAAUUUAGAGAAUUCCCUGGGGUAACUGAGGAUAGCCUUCUAGAUCAGACUGUUGUUUGAAGUUUCAUUUAAAUGUUGUGCUACCCUGUUAUAGAGAGCCUAAAGAGAGUUGUUUCUGCAAAGAAGAAACUGAAAGAGAAUAGCUAAUCUCAGGGAAAUUCUAAGAAAGUGGGAAGUGAGAGGAAGAGGGUGCGUUCUGGGCUGUUGAAGUCUGGUGGAAGAAGGGACCAUAGUGUUUGUCAUGGUGUCCUCCACCUCACUUAAAAUAGCCCAUGACUGAGUGGAGCUUUUCAUCCUCUGCAGGUGACAUUUGUAAAGGUGAGGAAUGAGGACUCUUGGCAUCAUCCCCUAAGACCGUGGUUGUUUUAUUUCCUUCUCUGUCUCCCUCUUCCCUGCCUUUCUUCCUCCCCUCUGAUAUUUUCUGUUUCUGCCUGUCUUCCACUGGCACCAUUUUCCUUCCACCUAUCUGUGUGCCCAGAAUCUCUGCUCCCAUCCAUCUUGUUUGUGGUCCAUUCUGCUGUUCAGCUUCUCCAGAAAACAGAGCUUCAGUUCCCUUGCCAUUCAUCCUCCUCAUAACCUUUACAAACUGAUUAGUCCCUGUCUUUCUGCCAAGAAUGUUUUCCCAGAGGUUCAGAUCACCAAAUCCAGUGGCUUGUUCUCAAAGCUUAGUCUUGUCCUGAAUAGAAUUGAACACUUACACCAUCCAAAUUCAACCUCCCCUCUUGUGGUCUCUGUGCCCUAGCUUCUGAGAACUCCUUUGCCUUUUCCUGUGCUGGUGGGGGAGAAUGCCUGCAAAGACAAGUCUAUCCCUUUGUCUCCUCAGAAACUUACUCCUUCUUUAGCCUCUGGAUGAGUGACUUCCAAGUUUCUGUCUUCGGCCUAGUUCCCAGAGAACCCUGUCCUGCCACAUGGUGAACAUUCCAGCUUGUCAACCUGUUGUCACUGAAACAGAAUUUCUCUUCUUCUACACAUUAAGUUGCCCCUCUCAAUUGUCCAGUCUUUUUAAUCAUCUCAACUCCAAGUUGACAUUUUUAUCUCUUGGCACAAAAGUCCUACCCAUUAAAAAGAAAAAUAUUUCUAGCUACAGUCUUUCUCCAUUUUCCUUGUUUCCCCGCCCACUUCGCUACCCUUCUGGAUCUUUUUUUUUUCCCUAGGAGCCACCUUGAUCUCUUGUCCAUUUCCUCUUGUGUGUGUAGAGACCAGAGUGAUCUGAAGCUUCUGUCUCGUGGCUCUGAGAAUCAAGCUCAUGAACCCGGGUGUUUACAGCUCUGCAGGCUGAUGCUGUCCUGCCUGUCUUUCCCUGCAUCCUCCCGGGGCCUAGGGCCCCUCUUGUCAGGCAACCAUCAGGCCUCGACAUCCUUGCUACAUUCUCCAGUCCCUGGCUUUUGGUGGCUGUUUUUCAGUUAGGGCACACUCCCUUCUCUUCUUUCCUUUGCCUCUCCAAAAACCUAUUUUUUCAGGCCCCAGCUCUAAUUUGGCCAUGCACCUUCCUAAUCCCCCACCCCACCUAAUCAGCUGUUUCUGUUUUACUCCAGUAAACAGAAUGUCACUUGUGCAUUUUGGAACUAAAGCAGAGCAGAGCAGUCCAGUCAGUAUCUGACAUCUCUGGUCUCCCCAAGAAAAUGAAGCUCCUAGCGGGAGCACCCAUGGCGCCAUGUGCAUAUCUGCCUCACAUGGUGCAGUCCCUGGGCACCUGAGUUCAUUUCUCCUCACAAAGGAGACAUGUUCUUUCUUCAGGACAUCUGGCUGUGACCUUACUGAGGCCUCACACACCGCUUUCUGGCUGCCAGUUGUUGCCCUUAUUGAUGGAUUUUUCUGGGAAGGAAGAGAGCAGACAGCAAGAUUGGUUUCAGGCACCGAGAGCAGGUUGGCACCAAGUGGACACAUACCUAUUGUGGAGUCCAUGUAGCUUCACUUUUUAAGCCUUGGAGCAGGACAAUUUCUUGUGAAAGAAUACAGUUGAAUUUAAGUUGCACUUUAGAAAUUGCACUGAAAGAAAUCUCCCACACCAAAGGAAAAGUUGUUUUCUGGGUCAUUGUCGUUUUGAAGAUAGGCUCUUUGAAGAGUGUUUUCCUAGAGAUUGUGUAGAUGAGGGUGAGCUGGUGGUAGUGGGAGGAUCUCUCUAGCUGGGGGUGGGGCGCGGAGCAGGCAGGAGAGGUGCCCUGUCCAGUCAGCUCUGUGCUUUACUUUGCCACCCAGUUUUUGGUUGAAGAGUGGUUUCUAUUUGGAGGAAUCGGUGCUUUAGAAUCAUUUGAAGAGUCUACCUAAAAAGGCUAAGUUAACCCGUAAAGACCCGAGAACUAGCUAUGUACACUCAAAUUUCUUGCCACAUGAUGACUUUUCGUGAAACUUGGUGAUAGACCCCUAAACCUCUCAAAUUCCCAAUAUGGAUUCUCAUUUCCUCUUCCCAUUUCACAUCAUUUAAUUCACAAGCCUGCCCCUCAUUUUGGGAGGGUGACUUGAUAUGGAAUGCUGCUGCAUGUGAGAUGAGAGCUGGCAAGCCUUGCACAUGUUCUGAAUUAUUGGAGCAGGGAGGAGAGCACACUGUACCAGAGCCUGUACUUCUGCCAGCUGUCUCCUAAACAUUCCAGGUGGGACCAUUGUGUCUGGCCUUGCCUUGCUUCAGAAGGAAACCUGGGGAGAGAUUUCUCAAAUUUAACUGUACAUCGAGAACCAAGACUGAAUCUCAGCCCAAUUCCAUGAAGUCACAUGUGGAUUUCCCAAAUACCCCAAUCUUGAAACUCCUCAUAAAGGCAUUGGGUCUGAGCUUUAUCAGGUUUCAACCUACCAACAAAGCCAGCUUCCUCACACUCUUUGGUAUUCCUUUAAUUCAGAACUCUUAUUAAAGUAUUCAAUAAAUGGUUGAUUGCUGAA